UAAAAACAUGGGUUAUGGUGGUACGCAAGAAGAUAUGUACUUUGUAAAGGAAUUGUGACGAUCUGCUAUAGACAAUGCCAAAUUUUAGAAAAAGGUUUCUUAAAAGAGGUGAUAGAGAGGUUUCCAAUGUGACUGGUUACCGUCAUAGCAAGCAAGAUGAUUCAAAUUCAGUUGAAACUCGCUUGCUUCGACUCCAGUCAAAUGAUUUUCUGGAUUCAAAAUACGGAUUUGAUCGCUACAAAGAGCCAGUUGAUCGUUUAGGCUGGCUUAUUAACAUGCAUCCUGUUGAGAUAUUGGACGAUAACAAUAAACUGAUAAGUGCUGUUGAUUUGUAUUUUAUUCAGGAUGACGGGGAGAAAUUCAGGGUUCCUUACCCAUUCAAGCCAUAUUUCUACAUUUUGGCAAAAAAGGAUACCGAUCGCGAGGUUGCUACGUUUCUAAACAAGAAAUUCACAGGACUUAUAUCCACCAUCGAAACAGUUCCUAAAGAGGAUUUAGAAUUGCCAAAUCAUCUUGUUGGACUUAGAAGGAGCUACAUAAAAUUGUCUUUUAUGAACGUCAAUGAUCUUAUUAAAGUCAAGAGAGCUAUAAUGUCCGCCGUUCGUAAGAAUAAGGAACGUAUCAGUUCAACCGCCACCUACAACUUACUACUUUCAAAUGUGGAUGACGAAGACAUUCGGUCUGUGAAUCGAGCUAUAGAUCAGAUGGAAAACAUUAUUGACAUCAGGGAGUACGAUGUACCGUAUCAUGUUCGCGUUGCGAUCGACUUAAGGAUUCACGUGGGCCAUUGGUAUGUAAUCAAAGUACGUGGGGGCUUGUAUCCUGAAAUGGAACGUCAAGACGACCUUCUUGACAGACCGGAUCCUGUUGUGCUAGCAUUCGAUAUUGAAACCACCAAACUUCCCCUGAAGUUUCCCGACUCAAGUGUGGACAGCAUCAUGAUGAUAUCGUACAUGAUAGAUGGACAGGGUUAUUUGAUCACUAACGAAAUCAUUUCGGAAGACAUCGAAGACUUUGAAUAUUCACCAAAACCGGACUACGAAGGGCUAAUCACUGUUCUCAACGAGCCAGAUGAAAUAAGUCUACUACAUCGUUUUUUUGAGCAUAUACAAGAUGUGAAGCCUACUAUAUUCGUUACUUAUAACGGAGACUACUUUGAUUGGCCAUUUAUUGAAGCUCGAGCUUUGCAUCAUGGUCUUAAUAUGGCAGAUGAAAUAGGUUUCGCUCCCGAUUCUCAAAAGGAGUACAAAUCUCGUGCAGCUAUUCACAUGGACUGCUUCAGAUGGGUCCAACGGGACAGUUAUUUGCCAGUCGGCAGUCAGAAUUUGAAAGCUGUAACGAAGGCAAAAUUAAGGUACAACCCAAUUGAACUGGAUCCUGAAGAUAUGUGUCGAAUGGCCAGUGAGCAGCCACAGGAAAUGGCAAAUUAUUCAGUUUCUGACGCCGUUGCGACUUAUUAUCUUUAUAUGAAAUAUGUUCAUCCUUUCAUCUUUGCUCUCUGCACUAUUAUUCCCAUGGAACCCGAUGAAGUAUUACGCAAGGGCUCCGGUACGCUGUGCGAGGCACUGUUGAUGGUUCAGGCCUUCCAUGCAAACGUUAUUUUCCCCAACAAGCAAGAGCAAGUUUAUAACAAACUUACAAAGGAUGGUCACCUUCUUGACUCUGAAACGUACGUCGGUGGUCACGUCGAAGCUCUGGAGUCCGGCGUCUUUCGUAGCGAUAUUCCAUGCCGAUUUCGUAUGGUAUCAUCCGCUUGUCAACAACUUAUGGACGAUGUGGAAAGCACAAUGCGACAUGCUAUCGUCGAAGAAGAGGGAAUUCCCAUGGAAACGGUUACAAAUUUCGAAGAGGUAUGCGAAGAAAUCAAAGAGAAACUUGCUUCUUUACGGGAUACGCCGAACAGGCUUGAAAAUCCAAUGAUUUAUCAUCUUGACGUUGGUGCUAUGUACCCUAAUAUCAUUUUGACGAACCGUUUACAGCCGUCCGCCAUUGUGGAUGAGACCACGUGUGCUAGAUGCGACUUCAACAAAUCUGGUAGCAAAUGCCAACGUCCAAUGAAGUGGAUGUGGAGAGGAGAAUAUUUACCUGCAAGUCGAAACGAAUACCAAACAAUAAAACAGCAGCUCGAGGUUGAAAAGAUUCCUGGGCUGGAACCGGGUGAUCCACCGCGAACAUUUCAUUCGCUGCCCAUUGCUGAACGAGCACAAAUGGAAAAGAAACGUCUUUCAGAAUAUUGUCAUAAAGCGUAUAAAAAAACCAAAGUGACCCGACUCGCGGAGAUAGAAACCACGAUUUGUCAAAGAGAAAAUUCCUUCUACGUCGACACCGUUCGCGCCUUUCGUGACAGAAGAUACGAAUUUAAAGGACAACUAAAGAUAUGGAAAAAGAAGCUAGCUUCGGCGAUGGAAAAAGGCGAUGCCCAGGACAUAAAAAGUUGCAAAAGUAAAGAAGUCUUGUACGAUUCGUUGCAACUCGCGCAUAAGUGCAUUUUAAAUUCCUUCUAUGGUUACGUCAUGAGGAAAGGUGCUCGUUGGUAUUCAAUGGAAAUGGCCGGGAUUGUCUGUUGUACUGGCGCCGACAUCAUAACAAGAGCUAGAGAGAUUGUUGAGCAAAUUGGACGUCCUUUAGAGCUUGACACUGAUGGAAUUUGGUGUAUUCUUCCCGCAAGUUUUCCUGAAAAUUUUUUGGUGAAAAGUACACAUCCGAAGAAAAGUAAAGUGACGAUUUCAUUUCCUGGUGCGAUGUUGAACAUCAUGGUCAAGAAUUAUUUCACCAAUGAUCAAUACCAGGAACUCGUUGAUAAAGACGACAUACGGUAUACUAUCAGAAGUGAAAAUUCGAUCUUUUUUGAGGUUGACGGCCCUUACAAAGCUAUGAUAUUGCCUGCAGCAAAAGAAGAAGGCAAGAAACUGAAAAAGAGGUACGCCGUCUUCAACGAAGAUGGUUCAUUAGCCGAGUUGAAAGGUUUCGAAGUGAAACGUCGUGGUGAACUGCAGCUCAUUAAGAACUUUCAGUCGUCUGUAUUCGAAGCGUUCUUGCAAGGAUCGUCCCUCGAGGAAGUUUAUCAUGCAGUUGGCAAAGUUGCGAACUAUUGGCUUGACGUUCUUUAUUCGCAGGCCUCAAAUAUGCCAGAUAGCGAACUCUGUGAUCUUAUUAGCGAAAACAGAAGCAUGUCCCGCACGCUUGAAGAGUAUGGGUCGCAGAAAUCGACAUCCAUCAGCACGGCCAAGAGAUUGGCAGAAUUUCUUGGCGAUCAAAUGGUGAAGGAUAAAGGCUUGAGCUGCAAGUUUAUCAUCGCAAGGAAACCAGAAGGUUCGCCCGUUACUGAACGUGCCAUACCUUUGGCCAUUUUCCAAACCGAGGAUGGUGUCAAGAGGCACUAUCUUCGUAGGUGGUUAAAAUGUCCGGGGUUGGCUAACUACGAUAUUCGGAAUAUUUUGGACUGGGACUAUUAUGUCGAAAGAUUGAACAGCGCUAUUCAAAAGAUUAUCACCAUUCCUGCUGCAUUACAAGGCGUAUCCAAUCCUGUGCCACGAUGUCGCCAUCCCGAUUGGUUGCACAAACGUCUGUUGGAAAAAAAUGAUGUUUUCAAGCAACAAAGAAUCACGCAAAUGUUUUCUGUCGUUGCUAAACCUGCUGUCGAAGAGAAUAGUGUUUCAAAUAGUAAUGAAUAUUCGGAGGGCGUUGAAGACAUCGAAGAUAUCACAAAAUCGAAAAGUUCUUCGCUUUCAUUUCGUCCUCUGGUCACAAAGAGAAAAAGCUCUUCUCUCGAUGCCUCGAACAUGUCCCACGUUGACCUCUCCAAACCAUGGAUGGAAGUUCUUGGCCCCGCUCCUCCCUUUGGCUCGACCAAGGAGGAGCGAGCCGUUUGGGUAGCAUUUCAAAAACAAAAAUGGGAUUAUCAACGAAAGCAGAGGAUGGAAAAGAAACGUUUGAAAUCGCAAGCUCUUAACUUGGGUUACGACGUCAAAAAUUUGCGAUCAAAAAGGUCCACUGGCUUGUCAACAUUCCUUCAGAGAAAGACGAAGACAAUAUUAGAUGAACAUUGGCAGUUGAUACAAGUUGCUGAAACAGAAACGCCUGGAUUGUUCAAACUUUGGGCGUUGAUUGGUUGUCUUCAUGCUAUCAAAUUGAACAUUCCAAGAGUAUUCGUGAAUUGCAUAAAGGCUAAGGACGGAACGAGCUCCGCGUGGCGUCGUGUUAGCCGAACAUUACCUCGUUCUCAACCCUUGGAUCUGUAUGAAUAUUCAGUUGCUGAGACGUUGUACAGAGAGCAUGCAAGUGAACUUUCUACUGAUUUAUCAUCUCCAGACAUUGAAGGAAUAUAUGAGUCUCAGGUUCCACUCUUAUUUCGAGCCAUCGUUUCGUUGGGUUGCGUGUGUUCUGUUAAUAAGAUAUUUUCCCGAUUGUUUUCUGGAAUGGAUAUCGAUAAUUUUAACUUGGAUCAACUGGACUUUAAAACGAACGCUGACCACAAGUACCUCGUCGAAGGAAGCGUGAAACACAUAUAUAUUUAUCAUUGUCAAGGGCGCAAUAGAGCUGUGUACGGAAUAUUCAUCAAUCCGACACAAAAGGUCUUCAUCUUUAUCGUUGACACAGUUCGGCAUAACCGCAUGCCAAAUCUUGACUCUUUGUAUCAAGUCGAAAGGAACGCAAGAAUCAAAAGGUCAGCUGAAGAAGGUGAAGAGAAACCCGCACUCACACCCGCCAAUUUGCAAUUCGAAGUUCGUGUUGACACGGACAGUAAGCAUGCACUUCGGGCUAUUCAACGUACUUUAUCAACUUAUAAAGAGGAAAAGAAAGGACCUACCAUGAUUCUUCUUCAGUCAUCGUGGGGUAAGGAUAGCCUUCAAUCAAAUCUUCCAAUUUUGAACGAAUUUCCUGUUGUUACCAUUCCUACUAACGAGAACGAGGCACCAUUCAAUGUUUUGGACUGGCAACGUCAUAUUGCCAAGAGAAUUAUACAACAUUAUCUUUACAGCGAUACUUGGCUACAGGCCCAGUUGGAACAUGCGCGCUUCUGCCAUAUACCGCUUGGCAAUAUUACCGCUGAUGCAGCUGCGUUUGCUUGUGAUGUGUUUUAUGCGCGCAAUCUUGAAAAGAACAAUCACGUAUUGUGGCUUUCACCCGGUGACAGACCCGACUUGGGAGGGAAGGAAGAUGAUGAAAAUAGACCUGGAACGCAAUUCAAUGAAGAUAGCACAGUAGAAUUAAACUGCUCUGGUGCUUAUCCUACUGUUUGCAUUGAGUUAUCGCUUGAUGGUCUCGCGGUCAAUGCUGUUCUGCAGUCUUCACACAUCAAUGACUACGAAGGUGGAGCCAGCUCCGUGAUUAGUUUUGAAAACGUUGCCCAGGUUUCUUUGGAGGAAAUGGUGAGCAAUGCAGGUGGUGUUUCUGCUUCUUUGACUGCAUAUGAUGAGUCUGCACUUUGUGCUAGCGCUUUCAGAGUUUUGAAAUCGUUAAUUCACAGCUGGUUACAUGAAGUAUCUUCCUACCAAAAUCCAUAUGCAGAUCUUCAACUGGUGCAUUUUUACAGAUGGCUUCAGAGUCCUUCGUCGUUAUUGCACGAUCCAGCACUUUUUCGUUUGGUGCAAGGAAUGAUGAAGAAACUGUUCUUGCAACUUGUUGCAGAGUUCAAGAGACUUGGCGCGACUGUAGUUUCCAACUUUAACAAGAUCAUCAUCUGCACAAAGAAACGAAGUGUAACCGAUGCGUUUAGUUACAUCAGCUUCAUUCUAAAAAGUAUCCAGUCAAAGGAUCUGUUCAACAGUCUCGAUAUUUCCCUUACGGGCUGCUGGGAAUAUUUGUUGUGGAUGGAUCAGGCCAAUUACGGCGGCAUCCGGGGUAAAAUGCCUGACGAUGAAAAUGAAGAUGAGAAUAGCGACACGGAUGUCGAAGAGACGGGUAAUGAAGGAAAACGUGGCGAGCCUCAAGUUGAAAUGAACUGGAACAUUUGCAAGUACUUGCCUACAUCGGCUUCUUGCCAAAAUUUUUUUCAGAUUGCCAUAGCUGGACAUAUCCACGCUAUAUACAAACAUCUCUUGGCAGAAAAAGAGCUCAUACAACCUGGAUCAACUCCGAUUAGAAAACGUGGCGGAUCAUCCCAAUCUCAGAAGAUGUCGGAUUCGUCAACCACUCCAAGUUUGGUUUCCUUUACUCAACAUCGAAUCGAAGGCAGUCUAGCACAACAGCUUUUCACCAUUACCCAAAAAAUCCAACAGAUAUUGUCAGGCAAUACGCAUGCUCGACGUGAUCCUAGUGCCGAGUUCCCACUCCUACCUGGCUCGCAUCUUUCUCUCAAUAACCCCGCGUUGGAGUUUGUGAAGUACGUUUGUAAGGCCUUGUCUUUAGAUUCAAAUACACAAAACCAAGUAAAUAAACUUCGACGUGAUUUAUUGAAGUUAAUUGGAGUUGGUGAAUUUUCCAUCGAGGCAUCGUUCAUCGAUCCUUGUUUAUCGUUCGUUCUUCCUGAGGUGAUUUGUGGCUAUUGCAAUGGAUGUCGGGACAUAAAUCUUUGUCGUGACUGCAAUAUCGUGAUGCCCGAGGGAAACAACCGCAUUGCAUUACAGUGUCCAUACUGUCGUAGUGAGUACGACAUGUUGGAAAUCGAGCAAAAGUUGAUUAAACACGCUCAAGAAAAGUCGAUGGCGUUUGUUUUACAAGACGUUUCUUGCUCAAAAUGCAAUGGCGUGAAAGAAACUCACAUGGCUUCGUAUUGUCGCUGUGCCGGAGACUACGUAAACAUGAUUCAGAGGGAAGCUUUUCACGAGAAAAUGAAAACUUUCGAAAAUAUUGCAAGGUAUUACAAUUUCGACCUGCUCCUAGAAAUUGUCGAAUGGAUACUUAAAAUGAACUGAGCGAGAAAGGUAAAAAAAAGAAGUAUUUUAUCUGUAAAAAUAUUUAUGUGAAAUAAUGACAAUAUAAGUAUUAAAUUAAUAGUUGUUUUUGGAGAAGUUAGCUACAGUUAAAUACUGUUAUUACUUAAAAUGUUUUCCGUUACGCAA